AUGUGGUUUCCACGGCGGUGCUGCCUCUCGGCUUUCGCCUUGCGGCCUCGCCUUCGGGUUCUUCGACAAUGUUACGCUUCCCAGGCGCCCAAAGGCUCCGCAGCGGUCGCUGCAGAGGUGCAGGAGAAGAAGAGAGUUAUCCUCACUUUCUCGGGCAAGGUCCUGGCAUUGGACGGCAGUGAGCUUUGGAACCGCCUGGCGAAAGUCAUGAGCACCGCCGGGGCCAACAUCGAGACCUGCGGAGGCACUUUCGUGCAGAUGCAGAAUGAGGGAGAUCCUGAUGCCGAGCAGGUGCAAAGCUUUUCAGUCAGUGCCUUCGGAGCCUGCAUCUCCCCCGCAGUCUUCACUGAAGAGACCACAGAUGAUACCCAUCUGGGCUGCACCAUGUUCGUCAAGGCAAUCCUUCCAGCGGACCGUGUGCAGACAUUGAUGAAGCUGUUGCAGACUGAGAGCCCUGCUCAAGUUUACACGGCCAGCCUAAGUUCUGCGGAACCGAAAAGAUCAUCGAUAGAACGUUGUCUGACGGAGCUCGGCAGCCAUCAGCAGAACGGCACAUUGCAUCUGUUUGGCGUCGAUAGGUCCGGGCAACUGGCCAAAAUUACUGAAAUCCUGACUCAAUUUGGGGUCAGUGUGUCUAAUCUGCAUGUCCAGAGUGGCAGUGCUGACAGCGGGAAGUGCGAUUUCGUCCCGUGCCCCACAGGCGGCCCGUUGGCUGAGAAUCGCGUUCGCAUCCGCUUUGAUACCACGGCCGUGGACAUCACUAGGCUCCGCAAAGAAAUCCAGCGUGUGGGAGAGGACUUGGGCUAUGCAGUGACUUGCCUGACACUGGAUUCGCACGCCCAGUUCCGGACUUUCACUCCGAGCUAUUUGCUUCGCCGCCGCGCGUUCGUGGCAACCUACCUCAUGGAGACCAGAAUAAGUGCCAAGCGCCUUCUGCGUCGCCGAAUCCCGUACGGGAGGAGGAACAAGCAGGCCUCAUCCACUUGGCUAGCAGCGCCAUGA